CCAGGCUAGACUCGACUCAACCUGCACCGGCAGGAUGAGGGGUCGAUGCAGGCCAUCGUGAGCCAAGGCGGGCGCCAUCGUGCAAACCCCUCAAAGGAGCACCCGGAAUACACUUCUCGACAUUGUUCAACAGCUACGACAGACAACCUUGGCUGUUGUUUCGGUGAAACAAGCCAUUACACCCUCUGUGGGCUUGCCGUUGUAUUCUCUGAGCCGUCAUCCCAAUGAGGAGAAGCACAGUGACAGCUGCGAGCGUGCUGUUGGCCCACGGCGGUCUCGGACUUGCAGCGGCGCUUUCGGCUUGCAAUGCGGACAACUGCUACAGGCAAGUCAGCGCAACGCGCUUCGGCCAGCCGGUCCUGACGUCUCGCAUCCGAGACUGCGAGUCGUUCCUGCGGACCACCGUCGUGCCCGCCGCCGUCACCGACUGGGUCACGCAGACGGUGACGCCGGCCACGGUGACCGACGUUGUCGCCACCGUCACCGACUCCGUCACCACCACGGUCAGCACCGUCGUCCAGACGAGUACUGUCACCGUCACGGCUGCGGAGAAGAACAGCAACAAGAACAACAACUCUCCCGCCCGUGGGCGCCGCGACAACAACAACAGCGAUCCCGGCAAGGGCGCGGGCGAGACCACCAUCGUCCCGACCAACGUUCCCGCCUACGCAUCCUCGUGCGCCGACGCCGCCGCGUACAGCAGCGCCUGCCUUUGCGCCUCGGCCACGCGCACGACCGUCACGGCGCCGGCGCCCACCGUGACCUCGACGCGGACCGUCUCCGCCACGGCGACCGUGCACAUCACCGCGCACGCCACCAUCACUGUCUCCGCCACGGCCACCCGCACCGAGACGGUCACGGCGACGGUUGGCCGCCCCUGCGCGGGGGGUCUGGUGCUCGACCCGAACCCCCCCGCGGGUGCCGACUGCGCUCGUCGCGGCUGGCGCGACCCCGUCAAGGCGCCCGUCGUAGGGCGCGGCGACGGUGCCAGCGUCGAGGCCUGCGCAAACAGCUGCAGGGCAAAGCCCGCGUGCAAGGCCUUCAUCUACGGCGACCCGGCGCGAGGGUGGAACAACGUCUGUGAGCUCGAGGGCGGGGCCAAUGGAAGGGCCGACAAUGAGGAUACGCCGUUCUGGUGGUACGACAUGGCUUGCUUCAAGUGCGCCUAG